AUAUUAAAGGAGCUGUAUGUAAGAAAUCUAUUUUAAUUAAUCAUAAAAUGGCCCUGAUGUGUCACUAGACAUUAAGAAAACAUGUUCAUUUCAUAUACGUAUAUCACUGACAACAGUAGUCCGGCCAGGAUAUUGUCAUUUAAAAAGUGGACUUGCAGCCCUCAACUGAUGUUGUUGUUGUCAUUUUGUGUUUUGGCCUGACGCGCCUCCCUCCUCCUAUCUACCAAUCACGAAGUCAGUAGUGUUUCGGGAUCCGUGUUGCCAGCUUUGCUGUAACUUACUCUAAUUCCAGUCGGAUAAAAAUGUCUGUUACUAAAUCAAAAAGACCUCGUUAUAAUUCUGAAAUUCGUCGUGACAAAGUCCGAAAUAAAACCAGAAUUUGUAUUGGAGAUGCUUUUGAACGAUGGAGACGGCUGAAAACGGAGAAGAAUUUGAACACAGACGCCAACGUUGCUAAUUUUCUCCUGGACAGCUAUUAUGGCCCCAGCACCUCAACACCCAGUAAGAGAAACUUGAAGCACCACCACCUGACUGCACCAUCACUUUCCAGUAUCGUAUGUGCAUCAUCUGAAACACUUUCAAAUCGCUACACCAUUUACAGAGAGGACCUGUCGCCUAUUGAGGAAAGACUGGAAGAUGAUGAGCGCACCAUGGAUGCCUCUGAGGUUCUGGAGGAAAGUCUACAGAACAUGAGCAUCCAGGAUGCUGAAACCCAGGUCAUGAAUGAGCAGGAGAUAAAUGAUCUAAUGAACAGUGUAAUUGAUUGGGGGGACAGUGAAGGUGUUAGUAAUGAGGAGAUUGAAGCAGAUGACAGUGAAGAUGAGGACUAUGUCCCUCGUAUUUGUAUUCGGUUGGGUGGAGCAUUGCAGGCACCACCAUGCAUUGAUAAUCUGCCUGUGAUAGAUGCCAGUGAGACAGUACAUGACAUCCCGGAUGUAGAGCCUCCAUCAGUCACCUUACCUACACUUCAACAACCUGGCUUUCCUGAUACACUGGAGGUCAUGACUGAAGAUGACCUAAUCGGGAAACGGGCCUCCAUCACUUAUGAGGACUGUUUGAGGCAGCUUGCAACAUUACUUGUGCUUCCGGUCCAAAAGUGCCCAUACACAUGUGACGUCAGUAAAAUGGAGUGUCAGUGUCGCCCUCCAUUUGAAGUUUCCAUUACACGCAGGGGUACUGCAAGCAUCAUGGAAUGGACCUGCCUUGUUGGCCACACUGUAUGGAGAUGGAGCUCACAGCCCACUUUGAGUUUAUGAACAUGGGGAUGGUGGACCGUAGUUCAUUUUUCACAAUUCAGGACACAUACGGUGUAGACACUGUGAAGGAGUUUUGGGAGGA